GAAAAAAAUGUCGCGUCCGCUAGGAUUUAUUGGAUACGAAUUUGGAGAUGACGAAAUGUUCGUCCAACAAAUGAUCGAAAAGAAAUCAAACGCAGAACAGGCGAAAAUGCUUGAACAACAGAAAAAGAUGCUCGAAUGCACCGAAACAAUGCCAGAAGAAAGUGAGCCAGUUCCAAUGAAAUGUCUCGAUUUUGAAGAAGCAUUUCAAAGCGAAUCAGUAUCAAAAGGUUACGAAUCGCCAUACAAGAAUAUUUCGUUUCUCAAGGAAGAUGCUGUGACUGUUAAUACAAUGAGCCACUGCCCAGCCGACGAUAUCGCCAAGCUCAUCCGAAACAUUCAAAACUCGGUGUACACUCUUGGAAUCGAAGAAGCUCGCCAGUGCCGACGUGGAAAGUUGCUCAACGUGCUGAAACCCACUGGCUCGGCUUCUCCGAGAUAUUUGCAGCCAACACCACCGAAAAAUGUAGCGGAAGAAACGACAGGAAGCCAGUGAAUUGAAUAGUGGUCUAUCAAAAAAUAAUGAUCUCAUCAUUCAUUAACAUUCACAUGAAUAAACUUGAUUACUAAC